AUGAAGGCAGAUAAAGCUGGAUCUAGAAGCAAAUUCCUAUCGGUAUUUCCCGAUCUUGUCGAUGAGACCAUUGAAGUGUUGAAAAGCUAUGGUAUGCCACAGGAUGCCAUUCAGUGGUUCAAGCAAAACUUGGAUUACAAUACUCCUUCUGGAAAAUUGAAUAGAGGUCUCUCUGUUGUUGAUACUUAUGGGAUUUUGAAAGGCUACCAGACCGUUGAAGAUAUUCCUGUAGAGGAAUACAAGAGAGCAGCUGUUUUGGGAUGGUGUAUUGAGCUUUUGCAGGCAUAUUUCUUGGUUGCUGAUGAUAUGAUGGAUCAGUCGAUUACCAGAAGAGGAAGCCCUUGCUGGUAUAAAGUGGAAGGUGUGAAAGAGAUUGCUAUUAACGAUGCAUUCAUGUUGGAAGGUGCAAUCUACAUUCUCUUGAAGAAGUAUUUCUCUAAUGAGUCCUACUAUGUGAAGUUGAUGGGAAUUUUCCACGAUGUCACUUUUAAGACUGAAUGUGGUCAGUUGUUAGAUUUGAUUACUGCCCCAGAGGACAGUGUCGAUUUGAACAAGUUUUCUCUUGACAAGCAGAUGUUUAUUAUCACAUAUAAAACUGCCUUCUACAGUUUUUACUUACCUGUUGCAUUGGCUAUGUUCAUGACGGGUAUUGAUAAUGAGAAAGAUUUGAGCCAGGCCAGAGAAGUCUUGAUCCCAUUGGGUCAAUAUUUCCAAAUUCAAGACGACUACUUGGAUUGCUUUGGUAAGCCUGAAGAUAUCGGUAAGAUUGGAACAGAUAUUCAAGACAAUAAGUGUUCUUGGGUAGUUAAUACCGCUCUAAAUGUCUGCACACCUGAACAGAGAAAGGUUUUAGACGAAAACUAUGGUAGAAAGGAUGCGGUCAAGGAAAAGAAGUGCAAAGAUCUUUUCUAUGCAUUAAAGAUUGAUGACUUGUACCAUCAAUACGAGGAGAACGAAGUUGCUAUUCUAAAGGAAAAGAUCGCCAGAGUCGAUGAGACUAGAGGUUUCAAGGGAGAAGUUCUCACUGCCUUCUUGAGCAAGAUUUACAAGCGUAAGAAAUGA